CGAAAACGAAGAGUGGGUUGACAUGGCUGGAAAGGAAGCAUUAUCUGUUGGUGAUGGACAGUCAGAACAGCGCAGGCUUGCGUCCCCCCUUGCAGGCUCCCACAGUGCACUGCAGGACGGGCGGAGCUUCUCUCCUCUGGACUCCAGCAGUGACCGGGUCCAGCCUUUCCCUCGCUCUCCUAAACUGCAGAAGAAGAUUGCCAACUUUGGACAAACCUCUAAAGUGAGCCUGAGCACGGAUCAGCUGUCCAGACGCUUGGAGGAGCUGCAGGCGGAGAGGACCAGGACUGAGGCCCACAUCCAGUCUCUGAAGAAGCGCAAGGCAGAUCUCUCUAAAAGCACAGAGGUUAUGAAACAGCACGUCCAGGAGCACUUCGAGAACAUGCGCUGCGUCCUGAAGCAGGAUGAGCAGGCAGAGAAGGACUCUUUAGAGCUGGACCUGAGACAGGCCAGGACCAGACUGGACCAGGUUCUGAAGACCUGGCAGAUCCACCAGGACCAGGUCACUAGGAGCAUCAGCAGCCUGCGGAGGUCUCUGAGCAGCCCGCUGUCAGAGAGAGACGUUCAGGGUCAGGCAGAGGCUCUGAGUCCUAAGAAACCGGAUGUGACUGAGAAGGAAAUCCGCCUUAACGAAGAGAGAUUCAAACGGCUCCUCAAAACUUUAUCGUCCAUCUCCAAGCAACUUAAAGCUCAGCUGCAGAGGAAGACGCUGCUGUUAGCUUCCUCCCCCAUGGUGAUUGACAGGCAGACUUGCCAUAGGCAGAUCACUGUGACUUCAGAGGGGCGGGGCCUGUACUUCUCAGGCUCCGCCCGCUCGGGGCCAUGUCCCCCCCUCCAGUUUGACAAAGUGUGCUGUGCUCUGGGCUCAGCUGCAGUCACAGCCGGGCAGAGGUACUGGGAGGUGGACGUGCGCUGCUGCUCCGCCUGGGCUGUGGGCGUGGCCUAUGCCGGCAUGGAGAGGAAGGGCCGGGAUAAGGGCAGCAAACUGGGCCGGAACAGGAACUCCUGGUGCUUGGAGCUCCGCAAUUGCAAUCUCACUGCUUGGCACAACGACCGGCAUGUAGCGUGCAAGAGCGCCGGGCAAACGCCGCUGGGAAAGGUGGGGGUGUGGCUAAACUACGACAAGGGCCAGCUACUGUUCUACGAUGCAGACACCAUGGCUGUCCUACAGAGGUUCUCAGCAGCGGUGACCCCAGUGUUCGACCGCGCUCACCACCAGUUCACCCAGCCUCUGUACCCCGCCAUGCGCUUCCUGAGACCAACUGAGAACCAGAUGUGGCCGAAUCACCUGGAGCUCUGUCCCCUCAUCACCGCAUGAGGCUGCCGUGUUACCCCACAGAGUGAUGAGCAAUGUUAAUCUUAUGAUGAUGAGUGCUGUCUUUUAUGGCGAUGUAUUAAUAGGUUUAUUUGAGAGCAGCUAUCAUGAUGACAGACGAGACAGCUCACCUGAAGUCAAUGUCCAGAAGCAGACUCUUCAUUGGCUCAUGUUUUCCCUCCAUGUUCCGCAACGUGAUCAGCUCCUGAAGUCUGGAAUAACCAUAAUCAUUUUUGACUCAAAAUAAAUCAAGAGAAAUGUUUAAAAUGUGUUAUUAGGGCAAACUAGCCCAGCAUUAUUUUUGGUAAACAUUGUUGUUGUGAUCUCCCUCACCUGGGCGUUCCCACACAGAGCACUCUGUUGUAUCCCAGAGCAGCCAGGGAGUCGAGCAGGAAGUGUGCGCUGCGGUCGGUGAACAGGUACUGGGCGUUGCUCUUUUUGUUGUGCAAAGGACGGAGCAACACACUGGGCCUCCUCAGCUGAGCGCUGGAGACCCCCGCCGACCUGUGAGUGGAGUGGGCCUCGUGCUCUGCUGGCAGCAGCAACAUCUGACAGUCCUGACAGAACUUCUUCUCAUCCAGCCGCAGGGAGCCUAACUUUUUAAACCUGAGGGACAAAUGACAGACCUAUUGGAAAGUGUUGAUGACUAUGCUAAUUUUUGUUAUGAGUUGUGAGUUUGGGCAAUAUGUUUUUACGUUAAUCAAUAAAAUCCAGUCAGCGUCAGCCUAAAGAAAAUCAGAGUUGUUAUCCUGUUUUUCAUUAUGUUUUCUGUUCAUUUACAGCUGCUGGUAUCGUUUCUUUUUCUCAGACUGUCGGUAGAUAAAAAUAAAUCCCAUUAUAUUUACAUUUGUAUUUCAAGACCAAGUUAAGACUAACUGAACCCAAUCUGGGAAUUGUUUUUAUCACAGCAGCAUGUAAACAAGGCAUUGCACAUAAUGUCAUGAUUAAAAAGAACAGAAAACAAACAAACAUCAAAUAUAAAGUUGUCAAAUAAAAGAUAAAAACAGAAC